CGUGCAUGACAGUGACGUGAAUUUAGUACACAAUAUGUAGAGAUAUAAAAAAGUUUCAGUUCAGUUAAUGAAAAUAUUGUAGUAGUACCUAGGUAGGUAAUCUUAACCAACAACCAUGUCUGUUCCACCGCAAGCAUUCGUCAAUAAAAACAAGAAACAUUUCCUGGGUAUUCCUGCACCCUUGGGCUAUGUUGCUGGUGUCGGUAGAGGGGCUACAGGUUUCACUACCAGAUCUGAUAUUGGUCCAGCCCGAGAUGCCAAUGAUGUGUCAGAUGACCGACACGCUCCACCAGCAGCAAAACGUAAAAAGAAUGAAGAAGAAGAUGAUGAUGAAGAUUUAAAUGAUUCUAAUUAUGAUGAGUUCUCUGGCUAUAGUGGAUCACUUUUUUCCAAGGAUCCUUAUGAUAAAGACGAUGCUGAGGCAGAUGCUAUUUACGAGUCUAUUGACAAGCGUAUGGAUGAGAAAAGAAAGGAAUACAGGGAGAAACGGCUUAAAGAAGAUCUUGAGAGAUACCGGCAAGAAAGACCAAAAAUACAGCAACAGUUCUCUGACUUGAAACGUGAAUUGAAAAUGGUGUCAGAGGAGGAGUGGUCAGCCAUUCCAGAAGUAGGGGACGCGAGGAACCGAAAACAACGUAACCCAAGAGCAGAGAAAUUUACGCCUUUGCCAGACAGUGUACUAUCAAGAAACCUAGGAGGAGAAUCUUCUACAUCAAUAGAUCCAGGAUCAGGAUUGGCGUCUAUGAUGCCUGGUGUUAUGACUCCUGGGAUGUUAACACCGUCAGGUGACCUUGAUUUGAGGAAGAUUGGUCAGGCCAGAAACACUUUGAUGACAGUCAAACUGUCACAAGUUUCAGACUCUGUGACUGGCCAAACUGUGGUUGAUCCGAAAGGUUACCUGACAGACUUACAGUCGAUGAUCCCUACUUAUGGUGGCGAUAUCAAUGACAUUAAGAAGGCACGCCUGCUCUUGAAGUCUGUCAGAGAAACUAAUCCGAACCAUCCACCGGCAUGGAUUGCCAGUGCUAGACUUGAAGAAGUUACAGGCAAAGUGCAGUCAGCCCGCAACCUAAUAAUGAAAGGUUGCGAAGUGAACCCGAGCAGUGAAGAGUUAUGGCUGGAGGCGGCUCGUCUGCAGCCUCCUGACACUGCACGCGCGGUCAUAGCCCACGCCGCGAGGAAUCUGCCGCACAGCGUCCGGAUAUGGGUCAAGGCUGCUGAACUGGAGCAGGAGACUAAGGCAAAACGCCGCGUGUACCGCAAAGCUCUAGAACACAUUCCUAACUCAGUCCGCCUUUGGAAGGCAGCAGUUGAACUCGAGAAUCCCGAAGACGCCCGGAUCCUGCUGUCCCGAGCUGUGGAAUGUUGUCCUACCAGCGUUGAACUGUGGCUGGCCUUGGCACGGUUGGAAACAUACGAGAAUGCUAGGAAGGUGCUGAAUAAGGCGCGUGAGAAUAUACCCACGGAUAGACAGAUUUGGGUGACAGCCGCUAAGCUCGAAGAGGCUCAUGGCAACACACACAUGGUGGAAAAGAUAAUAGACCGCGCGAUAACGUCGUUGAGCGCGAACGGCGUGGAGAUCAACCGCGAGCACUGGUUCAAAGAGGCCAUGGAGUCAGAGAAGUCCGGAGCCGUACACACUUGUCAGGCUAUUAUUCGCGCCGUCAUAGGUCAUGGAAUUGAACCUGAAGAUCAAAAACACACAUGGAUGGAAGAUGCUGAAGCGUGUGCCAAUGAAGGAGCCUACGAGUGCGCCCGCGCAGUGUACGGCUACGCAUUAUCCGUGUUUCCGUCUAAAAAAUCCAUCUGGCUACGAGCUGCGUACUUGGAGAAACAACACGGCACUAGGGCCAGUCUGGAAGCAUUGCUGCAAAGGGCAGUGGCCCAUUGUCCUAAAUCUGAGGUGCUGUGGCUUAUGGGCGCAAAGUCUAAGUGGCUGGCGGGUGACGUGCCGGCAGCGCGUGGCAUCCUCUCAUUGGCUUUCCAGGCGAACCCCAACUCCGAAGAGAUCUGGUUGGCGGCCGUGAAACUUGAGAGCGAGAACAAGGAGUACGAUAGAGCGAGACGGCUGCUGGCCAAAGCGAGAGCCUCAGCUCCUACGCCCAGGGUAAUGAUAAAAUCAGCGAAACUGGAAUGGGCUCUGAACAACCUGAACGAAGCCCUCACUCUACUGGAAGAGGCCAUCAGAGUGUUCGAAGACUACGCGAAGCUUCACAUGAUGAAGGGCCAGAUUGAGGAACAGAUGGGGAGGGAUGAUGAGGCUCACAACACUUACCAGCAAGGGUUGAAGAAAUGUGCAACCUGCGUUCCGAUGUGGAUUCUGCUGUCGCGACUGGAGGAGAAGCUGAGACGCGUCACCAAGGCCAGGUCCGUGCUCGAGAAGGCGAGGCUGAGGAAUCCCAAAAACGCUGAGUUAUGGUUAGAAAGCGUGAGGCUGGAGAGGCGGAAUGGCAGCGUGGAGAUAGCGAACGCUGUGAUGGCGAAGGCUCUGCAGGAGUGCCCCGCCGCCGGCCGCCUGUGGGCCGAGGCCAUCUUCAUGGAGUCCCGUCCGCAGAGGAAGACUAAGAGCGUGGACGCGCUGAAGAAAUGCGAACACGACGCGCAUGUAUUACUGGCAGUAUCUCAGCUGUUCUGGACAGAGAGGAAGCUGAAUAAAUGUCGCGAGUGGUUCAAUCGAACGGUAAAAAUCGACCCAGAUCUAGGCGACGCGUGGGCAUUUUUCUACAAGUUCGAGCUAUUGCACGGCACAGAGCAACAACAAGAGGACGUGAAAGCCCGUUGUAAAACAGCUGAGCCCCACCACGGCGAACACUGGUGUAAGGUGUCGAAGGAAAUAGCCAACUGGUGUUUUAGCACUGAACAGAUACUGUUGUUAGUAGCUAAAAGUUUGCCAGUUCCCACGUGAAGUGACUUUAGAUAUUAAGUAUAUUUUAUAUAGUUUAAGUUGUUUGGUAGUAUUCCGAUGUUUACUAUUGAUAUCUACUAAUAAAUAUUUUUAAGUAAGUCAGAAA